AUGGCAUCACAACAACAGCAACAAGAAAAUGAAAGAACGAUUCCGAUCAAAGUAUUGGUGGACAAAGAAAGCAACAAAGUUGUUGCUGUUGAAGCAACAAAGGACUUCGUUGACACUCUCUCCAGCUUCUUGUCCCUUCCACUUGCCACCAUCAUUCGCCUUCUCAACAACAAUCAACAACUCUCACAGUCACCAUUCCUUGGCAAUAUCAUCAAUCUCUAUGAAAGCGUUCAAAAUCUGGCACCAAGUGAUUUUUGGAACAAUGUUUGCCAGCAAAUGUUUCUGCGUCCCAGAAACCCCUGCGAAUCACUGUGCUUGAAGCUCUUCUUGAACGUUGAUGACACAGAACCCACAAAAAAGCUUCUUGUGUGUGAUACAUGUAACAAGUUUACAACUUUUCCGAACUUGGAUUGCAUUUGUGGGAAACCCAUUACAAAACAACCUCAUAAUUUGGAUUCUGAAGGUCAAGGGAAUAGUGUGGAAGCCAAAGGUGGAGUUUUUGUGCAAGAAAAUGGGUCAAUGUUUCUGGUCUUUGAUGAUUUGAAGAUUGUACCAAGUUCUCUGGUGACCUCCUUUGAGCUGUUGCUGCAAUUAGGCUAUUCAGACAUCACUCAAUUAGAGGAAGUAACCCAUAACCUUGGCAAGCAGGAGAUUUUAAAUCUACUCAAGUAUACCUUAACCUCUCAUGAGCCUCUGACGAAUACAAUAUUGGCAAGUAACUCUAAGAAGAAAGAUAAUCCACCAAACCAGUUUGCAUCCGCAAUUAGAGUGAAGCCUCCCUCCAGUGACAGUAAAAUGGAUGUCAAGAUAGUGCGAAGUAAGUCUCAAAAGAAGAUAAUUUUUGCAGAAGCCAAAGAAGAUUUUGUUGACUUCAUGUUUAGCUUCCUCACCAUUCCAUUGGGGUCCAUUGUAAAACUUUUGGGUUGCCACUCUUUUGUUGGAUGCAUUGAUAAUCUGUACAAGAGUGUGGAGACCUUAGACUCUUCAUGGUGUACUGACUCACGUUCUGUGUUACUUAAUCCUGGUGUAGUACCACAGUUUGGUUGUCCAAAUCAGCCCCUCAACAUUCCUGAUAUAAAACCUCCUAACUAUUAUUAUGGUACCGGGACAAUAAGGCAAGUUCCUGGUUAUUCUUAUAGAACAGAAGAAGUAGUCAGAACUGGGGGAGUGAUUUCCAAGUCACAGGCAUCAAUUUCAAAAGUAAGAUCCGUGACUGCGCUGGACCCAAGAUCCCCCAACAGAUCGUUAGAAGGUGUUGUGGGGUUUGUGAAGAGACCAGCAUUAUAUGCUGUAGGAGAUGAUCUGAAAGUGAAAUCCAUGUCUGCUAAUUCCUGCCUUUCUUAUUUAAAAGAAUUAAGUCUCCCCCUUGAUGAUCUUGAAGUGAAGGUGAUAAGCAUUAGUGAGGCAGAGGCUUUAAGCCUUCUUGGAGCUUCCUUGACAUCAAAGUUUACACUGACUAAUGGACUGGAAGACUUUUUGAAUGUGCCAAAACAAGAUUCAACUUUGACAUCAAAGUAUUCACAAACUAGUCGGCUUGAUGAUCUUGUAAAGAAGCCUAAACUAGAAACCUGAAUUCUAACCACUUGCUGUUCCCACCUUUGUUUUGAACAAUAACCAAGAAGAUCUUGGACCUUGGUUGCAAUAUGAUUUCUUUGUGAUUUUCCUUUACCUAUUAU